CGUCAUUGUCCACUUCGCCACAUCCGCUCUCUGCAGAAAGGCUCCAAUCUGCUUUUCUCUCUCCUUGUACGUCAAAAUCAAUUCCUUCCACUAGGAUAGGUGCUUGUAAAUCUUCUCAUUUCGACGCUGUAUCAAUCACAGUCUUUGUUCCUCAUUUCUGACUGGGACUACUUUUAUCGGAGUAUUGUAUUUUCUCAAAGCUCAUAGAUCGAGAGUUGUUGAAGUUCUCAAGCUGAGGUUGUUUGAGUUGAAUCGAUCGAAGGUAGGAAAAUACGUAGGGUCAAAGUUACUGGUGGCGUCAAAGGGGAAGUAUAAGAUUCAGAUCAGAUCUAACGAAUAUACACGGGCGUAGCUAUGUCUUUCAUUGGUACGCAACAGAAGUGCAAGGCAUGUGAGAAGACAGUUUAUCCGGUGGAGCUGUUAUCUGCUGAUGGAGUUUCUUACCAUAAGUCAUGCUUCAAAUGCAGUCAUUGCAAAGGGACGCUCAAGCUAAGCAAUUACUCCUCAAUGGAAGGUGUUCUGUAUUGUAAGCCUCACUUUGAGCAGCUCUUCAAGGAGACCGGCAGUUUCAACAAGAACUUUCAGUCACCUGCAAAAUCAGCUGAGAAGUUGACUCCAGAGCUGACUAGGUCUCCUAGCAAAGCUGCCAGCAUGUUUUCCGGGACACAAGAAAAAUGUGCUACUUGUGGUAAAACAGCUUAUCCACUGGAGAAGGUGACAGUAGAGAGCCAAAGCUAUCACAAGUCAUGUUUCAAGUGCUCUCAUGGCGGAUGCGCAAUUUCUCCAUCAAAUUAUGCAGCCCUCGAGGGCAUUUUGUACUGCAAACAUCAUUUCUCACAGCUUUUCAAGGAGAAAGGUAGCUACAACCAUCUUAUCAAGUCCGCGUCAUUGAAGCGGCCAGCAGCUGCUGUUCCAGAUGCUUGAACUCUAUAUCUGUACUUUUUAUGUACCUACAUCUUCGUGGGCGUGCUUUGUUCGAGUGUGUUUUCCUUUUUUUCUCUUUGAUCUGCAUGCUGGGAACCUGGCAUUUGUUGUUUUUAUGACUGGUUUAUGCUCUUCCAUUGGCAUCUUCUUCUUGUUUGAUUGAAUUUAUAUAUGCAACUUGCCACCAUUGUAACCUUCCAGAAACUUCAACAGUUGUGAAAUGUCCUUUUGCAGGACUUAUGGCCCAUAUAGCAGAGCCUCGUUUAUGCAUAGAAUUUCAAAUG